GAGUAUGAGAUCAGUUGUUGAAAAGCCACGAAAGCAAAUGUAUUUCUUUAGAAAAAUUAACUCAAACCACAGAUAGCGAUUCUGAAGUACAUCUAUAAUUUUCAAAAAUAGAACAAAGCCAAGUCGUCACCAAAGCCGAAAGAAACAUUAAAAGAAGGAAACGUUUUCCGUAUGCUUCCAGUUGAAUUUUUAGUUUAUUUGCUUAUUUAGUAAAAGAAAGUUCUCAUUAUUUAUUAGUGCGAAAAUUCUAAAUCGCCUUUUUGUUCGAAGAUGUUACUAAACCGAAUUGGAUUCUUACUGCUUAUACUUCCUCUCUCAAUGACCUCUCCUACAUACGAGACGACACAAAGUGACAAUCCGCAACGUAAUAUACUUAAACUACAUAUUCGAAUGUACAAACCGACUCCGAUUUGCAAGGAUAAAACCUAUUGCGAAAAUACAUUGUAUUAUCCAACCGAUAUAGUGUCGAGGGAAUUAAGAAAGAAUCCCCAUCUUCGAGAUUAUGCUACCGUGGAUAAUGUAGAUUCGUUACCAGGAUACGAGAAUGAACUGGAGGACAAACCACUUUGCUUGUCUACGGAGCAACUUGUAUUUCCUAAAUUAGGAGUAACGAAAAAUUUGGAAUGGAAGUAUAUCGUAAACCAUGAAGACUUGGUGCAAGCUGUACGCAUCGAGACAUGCCUGGAGGAGAGCCAACCAUGCAAAGUGAUCGAUGGUUUCGCCGAAGGAUACUAUACAAAGUGCAAACAGAAGUUCAUAUAUCGCCAACUCUUGUCAUUGACGGACAAUAGCACGAUAACCAACGAUUACUUUGCAUUCCCAGUAAAUUGUUGCUGUCACGUCGAAUUCAAAGUUGACAAAUUUUUACAUUCAUUUAAUUCUCAUAGGAGAUUAAAAUGAUGAGGGCAAAUGGAUGCCACGUUAAACGUGAUAUCAAGUAUGAAUAUUAUGGAUAUACAUCCUAUACUUAUAUUGCAUUCUCUUAUUACAAAACACGUGUAAUGUACUUUAAUAAACGAAACACGAUGCAUUAAUAGCCAGUGCGAUCACUUAUAGUAAAUACUCGUCUUACUCGAUUCAAUAAAAUUGCCUUUAUGCGACCUGUAUGGCUA